UAACACUACCCUUUUAAAAAUGCCACCUUGUAAUGGCUAGUGAAGAUGAAAUAGCCAAGUAUAUAUAAAGGCAAAGCCAAGAGGAAUGCUAGCCAACACAAACGACUUGUACAUUCUAUUCUUAGCAGUAUCAUCGCCAAAUGGACUGGACUAGAGGCCACACCGUUGGCCGUGGCUCCUCCGCCGCCGUCUCCAUCGCCACCUCUUCUGGCUCCGGCUCCAAAGUCUUUGCAGUCAAGUCUGCCGAGCUCUCCCAAUCCGAUUUCUUGCAAAGGGAGCAAAAAAUUCUCUCUUCUUUGAGCAGUCCUCAUGUGGUAAGCUAUUUAGGACAUGACAUUACUAGAGAGAACAACAAGCUCAUGUACAAUAUCUUCAUGGAGUACGUGGCCGGCGGCACGAUCAUCGAUGCAAUUCGCAACCGUGGAGGCCAGUUUGAAGAAUCAGCAAUCGGGUUUUACACGAGGCAAAUUGCCAAGGGGCUAGAGUACUUGCAUUCAGUUGGAUUAGUACAUUGUGACAUAAAAGGAAGGAACGUCUUGGUUGGAGAAGAGGGUCCGAAAAUUGCCGACUUUGGAUGCGCCAGGUGGGCUGAUCCUGCGGCUGAGGCAGUGCCAAUUGGCGGCACGCCGAUGUUUAUGUCACCGGAGGUGGCGCGUGGGGAAGAGCAGGGUUUUCCUUGUGAUGUUUGGGCUCUUGGGUGCACAGUUAUCGAAAUGGCUACCGGAGGAUCAGUGCCGUGGCCUAAUGCAGCUGACCCAGUAACUCUUCUUUACCGGAUAGCAUACUCCGGUGAGUCGCCGGAGAUUCCGAGUUUUCUUUCAAAUCAAGCAAGGGAUUUCUUGGCAAAGUGUUUCAUGAGGGACCCAAAAGAGAGGUGGACGGUUACACAACUUCUAAAGCAUCCGUUUCUUGAGGAAAUGAUGAUCAUCAAUUCUGCUAGUAGUACAAAGCAAGUUCAAGAAUCCACUACUUCUUCAUUUUCUCCAACAAGUAUUCUUGAUCAAGGGAUAUGGAAUUCAUUACAAGAAUCAGAAACUUUGGGCAACCUUGUGGAUCACCCAAGUGUUGAAAAUUCGUACCCCGACGAUAGGAUCAGACUGCUGUCCUUGUUUUCAGGGAUGCUCAGGUGGAGUUCUGAUGAGGACUAUUGGAUCACAGUUAGGGGGAAUGAUUGUGGGGAAAGCAACCCAAUUGUGAAUGAUGGUGAAGCUCAAGUUGAUGUGAUUGAUAGCAAAAUUAGUUGUAGAGAUAUUAAUUUGAAUAAUAUAGGAGCCUGUAAAAGUAGGAAAAUUAGUAGCAGUAUUAAUAGCAAUAGCAGUAGUACUAGUAGUGUAGUAGCUUUGAGCAAUCUCAUUUUGGAGAGGCACAAAGGCAAUCUGUUAUUUCCUUCAAUACCAAUUAUCUAUUAAUCCCAAAAAAAAAAAAAA